AUGUUUAAGUAGAAUUAAAAUCUUACUUAAUAAAUAAGAUUAAUUUUUCAAAAGAAAGCAAUUGGUAGAGCAGCAAAUUUCAAAAAAUUGAAUAUGAGAAUGUUUAAUAAAAAGUGGAAUUAGAAUACAAAAUAGGGAGUAAAAUUAAAAGAUAAAGGAAAAAGAAAAAUGAGUUAAUAACUGAAACAAAACUAGUAAAUGAAAAAUUAAAAUGCAUUGCAAGAAACUUCUUCAGCAAUAUAUAAACUCAAAAAUAACACAUCUUUUCUUGAAUCAGCAAUUUAGUAAAAAAUCGAAGAUUUCUAAAAUAAUAUUAAUAAUUUCUAAGUGGAUAUGAUGUAAGAUUAUGAUAUAUAAAAUGAAGUAGACGUAUAUAAUAUAGGUGAAUUAAUAGCUAUUGUUCUAUUAUAAAUGAAUAGAUUUGAAGAAGCUUUGGAAAAUUUUUAUUCUGCAAUUCAUAAAAAUCCAGAAAAUUCUGACUUUUAUAAAGGCAAAGGUAAAAUUUCCUUC